UCCUGAGUCGUCUUCAUCUUCUUCUUCUCUCUUCUUCCCUCCUUAAUGAACCAGAUCGCAUUUCUCUCUCCUACUCUGUUCAUCACCAUUAACGUACGUGAAGCUAGCUUCUAGGCUAAAAGGAUUUCUGUUCUUUCUUUACAUUCUGAGAAUCAUCAUCAUCAUCAACAAUGGCGGUGGAUGAAAUUGUUCACGACGAUUUGGAUGAUGGAAGUAUGCAAUGUACAAAUCAUCCUUACAAGAACAACAUUAAUCAAGGUGGGAUCUGUGCUUUCUGUCUCCAAGAGAAACUCGGUAAGCUAGUUUCAUCUUCAUUCCCAAUCGCUGUUUUCCCUUCUUCUUCCACUUCCUCCUCCCCUUCUUUCAGAUCCGACGUCGACGCCUCCGUUUCCGCCUCAAUCCGCCUUCAACCCAGUACCAGAAAUGACUUUAAUGAAAAAACAACUACCAAUAACAACGAUUCUCAUUUUCACUUUUCUUCUUCUUCUUCUUCGAGGCGAACCCGUAUGCCAUCUUUUCUCCUCACCCAACGUAAGAAGAAUAAAAAUCUCAUUCCCGGACCCUCCCAUUCCUCCGGUGUCGUUUACAGUCGCAGCAAAUCCACUACUACCCCUGGCCGUGGCCGUGGCGGUGGCCGUGGCAUUAAUCCAAAUGAUUCCAUCGAUACCCCUAGUAGAAGAGGGUUCUGGUCUUUUCUCUACUAUUCUAAGCAGACAAAUAAGAGUGCGGAUAACCCAUGUAACGAGAUCUGCCGUGCGCCGGAGAAGGCGACGGCGUCGGUGUCAAAUCCGUCUUUGACGCAGAGGAGGGACAGUAGUUUUAUAGUGGUGGAGGAGAACGAGAGUCCGGAUGCGACUCCGUUUGAUCGGAAGGUAUCGAGAUCUAGAUCCGUGGGAUGCGGUAGCCGGAGUUUUUCCGGCGAUUUCUUCGAACGUUUGUCUACUGGUUUUGGGGACUGUACACUCCGGCGAGUUGAAUCACAGAGAGAAGGUAAGGCAAAAUCGAGGUCCAGACAGGAUUCCAUAAAGGAAAGAGUAAAAUGCGGCGGAAUAUUCAGUGGGUUCAUGUUGGCUGGGUCAUCAUCUAGCUCUUCUAAUUCGUACUUGGUUUCAUCUUCUUCUUCUUCGACGGAAGGCGGCGUCAGAAAUGUGAAAGGAAAAGUUACUUCCGGUGGAAUGGGUCAUCAUCAUCUAUCUCAUGGAAGAAGCCGGAGCUGGGGAUGGGCAUUCGCAAGCCCCAUGAGAGCAUUAGGAAAACCUGCUGCUGCUUCUUCAUCAUCUUCUUCAUUAUAUCCUUCGAUUAAGAGAUCAGAAGCAUCAUCUAUUCCAAUUCCAAAUAAGAACAACACUACUCCAAAUCUGAAUGCUAUACCAUCUCUUUUGGCUGUGAGAGGUUAAAGAAGGUCUUUUUCUCAUUGCUUUAUCUCUUAAUUUCAUAUAUAUAGAACAUAUCAUCUUCAUCUUGUUCUUGCCUUUUUAUUAUAGUCUUGUUUACGUCUAUCUUAUUUAUGUUCUUUCUUUACUUUGUAGUUUGUAGUACUACUCUUUGUGUGUAUGAUCUGUUUGAUGAA